AUGUACGAUACGAAUCCAGAGGAUUUACUGAAGGGGCCGUUUCCGGUGGGACAUUGUGUUGUUGGUCCGAUGUGUACGGGUACGGGUUGUGCCCAUUGGUAUCAAAUGGUUCGCAAAAAUAGUCUUCCGGUGUGCAUGUGGCAUCGAAUGACCAAAAACUAG